AUGAAAGAAUUAAUUUGUUCAACAAUUGAACGAAAUGUUGUAUUAAAAUGUAUACGUGAUCGGAAACGUUUGGAUUGCCGAACGAUUGAUGAAACUCGUCCGGUUAAUAUCGACUUUCGUUCACAUCCUGGUUAUGUUUCUGUUACUCUCGGUCAAACGCAUGUUAUUGCACAAGCAUCAUGUCGUAUAACAAAACCAAAAGAAUCUCGUGCAUCUGAAGGACAUGUUCGCGUUCAUCUUGAUAUGUCAAAAAUUCCGUUAAUUAAUUUAGAAAAUUGGAAACAUCAAGAAUUUGUACAAGAAUUAAAUGGUAUUCUUGAACAAAAUAUUCGUCAUUCAAAUUGUAUUGAUCUUGAAUCAUUAUGUAUUAAUGCUGGAGAAUUAGUAUGGUCAAUUAAAAUUGAUCUUAUUGUUUUAAAUAAUUGUGGUAAUAUUUUGGAUUGUGCUAAUAUAGCAACACUUUGUUCAUUAUACCAUUAUCGAUUACCAGAAGUUUCUGUACAUGGAUCGGAUAUUCGAGUGUAUUCAUCAAUUGAACGUAGACCUCAUCCGUUACGUAUUCUUCAUUUUCCGAUUAAUGUUCUUUUUGCUUUCUUUAUUGAUGGUCGAUAUACAUUAAUUGAUCCGCAUUCCGAUGAAGAACGUCUUAUGGAUGGUUUUGUUUCAAUUUCAAUGAAUCAACAUAAAGAAAUCUGUGGAAUUCAUAUGGGUGGAAAAUUAGGUUUAAAACGAGAACAAAUUGAUAUAUGUAAAAAACUUGCAUUUAAUAAAGUACUUGAAUUAACUGAUCGUAUUCGACAAGUAGUUUUGGAUUAUUAUAAAAAACUUGAACCAAUUACACAUUCUCAACCAUCAAUUGUACGUAUUGAUAAUGAUGAUGAUGAUGAUAGUAAUGAUCAUAAUAUUAGUACAACUGAAAAUGAAGAUAUUGUUUUAAUAAAACCUGAAAUAUCACCAUCAUUAAUUGAAAGCAAUGUAUCACUUUUACAAAUGCCGAAUCUUAAUCGUUUAUCAUUAACUGAAGAUGAUCCAUCAGGUACAAUUGGUAAUUUAGCAAGUGAACCAGAGAAUGACGAGGAAUAA